CCCCGGCUGCAGCUCAGUCGCCCGCUUCCUACAGGGGACGCCGCCGCCGCGGCAUCUGCAUCGCGCUCCCUCUCUCGACCUGAGACGCGCGCGCGAUCCGCCCGAGGAGUACCGGGAAGGGGAUGUGGAAUAAGCUUCCCGCCUGUCCCCCGCUUGCCUCUGCUUUCCUGCAGCUCUGACGGUCAUGGAGAAGAAGGCGAAGAGGCUGGCGCUCCUGCUGGGAUCGCUGCUGCUUCUUUCCGGGGGCUCUGCGUGGGCCAAGGAGACCUGCCCCUCCGAGAAGUACACCACCAGUGGAGAAUGCUGCAAAGCCUGUAACGUCGGGGAAGGCGUUGCCCAGCCCUGCGGGGUGAACCAAACCGUCUGUGAACCAUGCCUGGACAGCGUCACCUAUUCUGAUGCAGUGAGCGCCACGGAACCUUGCAAGCCUUGCAAGGAAUGUGUGGGCCUGGAAGGCAUGUUAGCACCCUGCGUGGAGUCGGACAACACUGUCUGCAAAUGCAUCUAUGGCUACUAUCGGGAUGAGAGGAGCGACACUUGCAGGAAGUGCCGGAUCUGCGAAGUGGGCUAUGGCCUCGUGUACCCCUGCGGGGAAAAUCAAAACACAUGGUGUGAGAAGUGCCCCCUAGGGACGUACUCUGACGAAGCGAACCACGUGGACCCCUGUUUUCCUUGCACCGUGUGCGAAGAGGACGAGAUCACCGUCAAGGAGUGCACCGCCACAUCAGAUGCAAGAUGUAGAGCGCUUAACCCACGGUUUACCACAGCUGCACCAACACAGGAGUCCAACACUACGAGUGCAGUCACACCUCCUCAACACGAUUUUCCGCCUGGGAGUCCUGAAGGCCCCUUUCAGGUCACAGAUGACCCAGAUACCAUGGAUGUUUCUGGUAGCACUGUGGCUGGUACAGCAACCACAGUCAUGGGUAGCUCCCAGCCUGUGGUCCCAAGUGGCACAGCAGACAACCUCAUUCCUGUGUACUGCUCCAUUUUGGCAGCCGUGGUGGUGGGGCUGGUGGCAUACAUUGCUUUCAAGAGGUGGAACAGCUGCAAGCAGAACAAGCAAGGUGCCAACAACCGCCCCGUCAACCAGACACCUUCGCCGGAAGGGGAGAAGCUCCACAGCGAUAGCGGCAUCUCGGUCGACAGCCAAAGCCUCCACGACCAGCAGCCGCAAACGCAGACGGCAUCCAUGCAAGGCCUUAAAGGAGACGGGAACCUUUACACCAACCUGCCCGUCAACAAGAGGGAGGAGGUCGAGAAGCUGCUGAACGGUUCCACCGAGGAGACUUGGCGCCACUUGGCUGGGGAGCUGGGCUACAAGGAGGACCACAUAGACUCCUUCACUCAGGAGGAGUACCCCGUCCGCGCCCUCCUCUCCGACUGGUCCAGCAAAGACAGCGCCACGAUGGACGCCCUUUAUACCGCCUUGCGUAAAAUCCAACGGGGGGACAUUGUGGAAAGCCUCUACAGCGAGUCCACUGCCAGUUCGCCAGUCUGAAGCGGGGGAGGCGGGGCAGAGGUCCGACGGGCCAGCCCCUCUGUGAUUCCCCACCCUGCUUUUUCCCUCACCGAUGCCUCUCGGGGUGAAGACACAUGAAGGAAAAACAAAGGAUGGAGCUUAGUCUCCCCGCGGCCACCACCGUUUCUGGGGAGCACCGGACGGAGCAACCCCGUAAUGCACUGCAAAGGUUGUGGGUUGUUUUAAUCCUCCUCCUCCUCCUCCCCAGUAUUUUCACCCAAUACCUCUUACCGGUAGCAGACAAUAAGAUGCUAAAAAAAAGGAGGAAGAAACAGAGGAAGGCAACUGGAACGAUUGUUAUUGCUUGUGUGUGUGUUUAAAGGAAAAUUGGAUUGACAGCAUUUCGCUGGUUCUGCAGAACUCGCACCCAGUCGAUGCUGCUAGUUUGGUCUCACUCUUCCCGGUGCCUCUGAAUGCCCAUCUUACGUGCCUCUCCACCCUUGUCUCUGUGGAUCCUCUAUCCUCACUCGCACCUGUCGAUCUUCAGCCACUGACUCUUCCUUUCUAAGCACUGUGUCCCCCUAAGCCAAGAAAUACAAACAGCAGCCUGGCUUGAAUGUGUUGCAUGGCCGACAGACUUGAAGGAGGCUGACAGAGGAUAAAUAUAUGGAUUUGGAGCAUGAGGAUGUUAAGAGGACACGAUGGAGACUUUCAUCUUCAGGGAGCAUCUCUGGGAGGGGAGGAAGGAUGUGAUUUCUGGCUUGUCAAAACUGACACUGUGAAGAUCAAACCUCGAAGUAUAUGGACGGAGGCUUAGGAGGAGACCCCCCCACCCAUGUGUUGGUGGCAACAUCAAGAAUGUCUUUGCUCCCUGAUCUCUUUUUUUCCUUGCUCAAGAUGCAUUCCUCGUAGUUCAGUGAAGCUGUCUUGAACCUCGUCCCAUAGCUCCCUUGCUGGGUUUGAUCAAAGCGAGCCAGUCUCCCCAAAUGGGACAGCGCUAGUUUAAAAAAGGGGUUAUAAGCCAUACUUGAGAGAGCUGAGCUGGCCAAGGCAAACAAACUAACAGUGCAAACAUUGUCGUUAAUGAGUGGGAAUUAUAUUAAUCACUGUGAUCCUAUAAACCUGGCCUCCGACGCUAUCCCAGAUGUUGUGUUGGUGGGACAUAAUUAAAAGCGAUGCUCUGCAUUCUUCCUCGGACUAGUGAACCAAUCACUGUGGGUUACUGAAGCCAUUACCUCUGUUGCAUUAAAAGGGGGGGUGAGCAAAAGUCCCCCUGGGUGGCCUUAAGACAUAAGGUGGAGAGAGGAGGGCUGUUGGUUCUAUGCUAAAGACUCAGAGCUAGGUUUGGGUCAGAUGUUAAACCUCUAUGGUUUGCCGGUGUUCCCCUAGAGGGUCCCGAAAAGUAACAUAAAGGGGGUUUUGGGGGGGGAGAGAAAACAGUCUCCACCUGAAGUUAUUGGGCCAACUAAAGUGGACUGGGAUUAUCGCUCCCCCCUUGAUAUAUAUUACAAGAUGUGUGUGGGCCUGGUGGAAAACUUGUGAUGUUUGAAAGUUUGCAGCAUUUUGAACCACCGCGGAGCCUGCCAAAGGAGAUUGUCGCACUGCUCCUGUUGUCUCUCUGAACUGGAAUUAUGCAGAAAGGGGAUCUUCUUCACCCACCCACCUAAGUACAUAUAAGGGCUUUAGGAAGCGUUGGGAACCAAUACAUAAGAAAGCUGGGGUGGAAUGCAAGAGAAUUUUCCAGCCCUACACUUGGGUGCGAUGAGGAGUGUAUGGCAGCCCUCCGAGAAAGGUUGCUUUUCUGGUUAAAACACAUUUUGCUUCCAUCAAUAGUUUCUCCAGUGUUUUGCCUGAACUGGAACAUCUCAAUUUGCCUUGACAAUUUGCUCUAGGCAAAACUGAGUGGCAUUUCUAGAUAGGAUGGGAUUAUUAUUAUUUUUAAAAAAACCUCUCUCUUGUCAUACAACUGGGGCUACCACUUCCUUUACAAGCUGUUGGCAUCAGAUGGCCAGAAUCUCUAAGUAAGAGGUGGACAAAAAUCCAGAAGAUGUGGCGAACAAGUAUGCAAGUCCUGAGUGGUAGAAUGUAUCGGGAAAUCAACACCACGGCUGGUGUGUUACUCCCUUCGAAGUGCCACUCGAGUGAUUAAUCUCCCUCCUGAGCCACCAGUGUGAUAGGUAAACACUUGAAUCAGCAGGUAUCAGCAGACAGCGAAAGUGAGGCUUGAGGCAUGGAUACGAAGCACUACGUUUAUUAUUUACAGGACAGACAGAGGAAAACAUGGCUCCUCUUACCUUCUUCGUCAGCAAGAGAAGAGAAGAGCAAAAGCAAUAUCCCGGAAACAGCAUAUCUGAACUUCCGUUCCCAUGACAUCCAACACUGUGGAAUGCAAACACAGGAGCGUGACAACAGAAAUCACAUACCUGCAGCACGGAGGAAUGGAAUUCCCAACAGAAUGGACUACACAAGAAAAGCAUGAAACGGCCAUUGGCCUAUCCAUCUCAAUAUUGUCCACUCUGGCAGGUUACAGCCCCCCAAUGGUUCAGAUAGAGGCCUACCAGAUUUUUUUUAUGGGUAGAGGCAUCAGGAAUUGGGGUGUUCUACGUGCAAGGCUUUACCACUGAGCUAUAGCUCACCCGAAUCUUAACCUUGGUCAGAAGGUCUCUUGGGUGGUGCUUCAACCGUCAACCACCAUGCUCCCCCCCCCUCACACCGUUUCUUCUUCUGUGGAGAAAUGUGCCCUAUAUUUCAGUGGCUACCCAAGAGAAGCAAGAAGAUAAUGCAAAACAAUCUGACUCUUCUUGACCGGCCACGACUGUUGAGCCAUUCUGUCCCCUUGAGGCACACUGCAGCCAAGCAUGCCCCGUAUUUUAUUUUUUUGUGGGGGCACCAUCCUAUCUUCAUGCAGGAUAAAAGCACCAGUGAAAUUUGCACCAUUGUGGACAAUCCUGUGUAGAAUUAACCCCCCCCCCAUUUCGGUGGGUCUAUUUCUGCAUGCAAAUAAAAUAAAAAUAAAAAUCAUUUCAACCUCAUUUUUUUUGGCCAACUUUGAUCGUAGUUCUAACACUGGUGGGACAAAACUGGUGGCAGUAACUCCUAGCCAGAGUGUGUGCACAGCUCUGUAGUAGCUACUAUCUAUGAACAGAACAACAGAGAAUGUUUGACGACUCUUGUGGAGAGCAUAGUGCCAUAUAUUCAAGCUAAACUAACAGCUUUGAUGUCAAACUCUUCAAAAUAGAGAUGGCGGAUCCAUUGACCGCCAAUUCCAGAAAGCUUCGUUAGAAACAUUUUGUCCCUUGAAAGGCGGUGGACUCUCCUUGGAGGGUUUUAAGCAGAGGUUGGAUGGCCAUCUGUCACGGGUGCUUUAAGCUGAGAUUCCUGCAUUGCAGGGGGUUGGACUAGAAGACCCUUGGGCGUAUUUUCCAACUCCACUGUCCCAUGAGUCUGUGGUUCUGUUCCUUCUGGUCCACAUUCUAGAAUGCAAUCGUGGAAUUCCAGACUGGCUGAAUGACCUCCAUGUACAUGUGGAAAACGCCACAUGCUUGAUGAAAUCAGUGAUUGUAUAGCACACCAAAGACCUCUGCAGAUGAGCAUAGAGGCUUGGAGGAUGUCUCUGAGCCACAUUAGGCCUCCCUGCACUUCCGCAGAAUCCCUGACAUUGCCUUAUUGCCAGAGAUAGUGGACUGUGCACAGGAGCCUGGGAAGGUUUCAAAGACUUGCCAGAACUUAACAGAAGCUGCUGCAUUAGCUGAGAGAUUCUAGGAAGUCCUGCUUUCCUUCUGGGACCCAUUCCACCCUGGCCGGAAGAACAGUACGCUCCACUGUAGGCUGUGCUUGUAGCAAAAUCGGGUAGUGUUCUUAUCUGAUAGGACAGAGGCCACGGAUAGCACCUCUAAUUAAUAAAUGAGCAUGGUAAUAAAUGACCAUGGGAAAGGUCCAGCUGUAACACCCCAGUUUACUACCUCUGGAAGAUCACAGAGUUGUAGAAUGGAAAGAGGAAUCUCACGUUUUAUCAAGGCUGCCUCCAGACCGUCUCUAUUUUGAGCAAGGGAUCCCAUCUCAUACUGGAAAUUUAGCUUUGCCCAGCUAAGCUAGAUGAACAGAUAAAUGCUAUGGUAACGUGGCACAGCAAAUCCACCUUUAAAAACACGCACCUUGGGCUGUUAGGAAAGCGAUGGGAAUAAAUGGAAUGAAACGCGUGGGGUAAUGGACCGAUGGAUGGAGAGCAGCCUAACCUCUCAGCAAAUAAAUCAGAACGAUUGCCUCAUAAAGAGCAGGCAUCGUUCAUAAGUUCUGUGAAACCUUUGUGCGAGCAGCUCGGGAUGGCUACUCGGCUGAACGUGGCAGAAAGAUACUGAGCAUCUUUUUUUGCUGUUGUUGAUAGAAAUCACAAGAUGGCCACCAAGUUGGAUGGCUUUAAAAGAGGAUUAGACAAAUGCCUGCCGGUUAAGGCUCUUGAUGGCUACUUGCCCAGCCAUGUUCUGUCUCCAGUAUCGGAGGCAGAUUGCUCCUGUAUACCUGUACCAGGAAUUCUGUAUAUUGCUGGAAAGCACAGGAGAGGAGAGUGCUGUUUUCAUGCUUGCAGGCUUCCCAUGGGCUGUGAGAGCAGGAGGCUGGACUAGGUCCUCCCCAAUCUUAAAUUCAUGAGAACAUGUGUGCCUUUGGAGAAGAAAGCCAAAUGUGUGUGCCCCCCCCAAAUAAGUCAACAGAUGGUAAAUUCUUAAGCUAAGAACCAACUAUGGAGAGAAGAGAGACAGAGGAAGAUGGGGAGUGGCGGGUAAAUGCAGAACGUGGUUGCAAAACAGACAAUGAUGCCGAAUAAGCUGAUUCCACAUGGAGAAGAAUCUUCUAUCUCAGAUCCAUGCUUAAGUUUCUAAAGGUAUUUUGCAUGAAAGAAAGAGAGAGAGAAACGUUGGAAAGCUACAUUUCCCCACAAAACUUGGCUGGCAUCUUUCUAAAUCUGAUUCAGAAUUUCACAGCUAGAAAGAAAGCAAGAGAGAGAGAGAGAGAAGUAUUAUAAAAGAAAAAGAAAAUAGCCAAAGUUAGUACCUUAAAAAAUAAAUAAAUCGCUGCCUAUAUUUUACAUUUCUUUGUUGCGAUGCGUGGGGUUUCUGUUUUGUUAAUACUCUUGUUCCCCUGUCCCGUGGUUUGCUUGUAAUACAAAUGCCAGUUUAUUAGAACAGUCUUUACCAAUUAUAAACAUUUCUGUAAUAGAAGCAAUUGGAUUGGUCAGUACGUUUCACUGUGGUUGUCCGAAUGGGCCAUUUUCCCCUGACUUUUCAGUUUGCAUGGGUGGAUGACUCAAGGGGGACGGCAGGGGAGAGGGCGAAAGGUGACUUUAGAUGAUGUUGUAGUGGCUGCGUGGACAACUGUAACUGUGUACUGUUCAGAUGUGAAUAAAUAUGCGUACCUGUGUCCA